AUGCCAUCGUUACGUGAUCAGCGUAGCGUCGGCGGCACGACAUGGCGACGCUACGACAAUGCCUUUCAGCUGAAACGCUCGAUGAGGGGUAGGGGGAGGUUGUGCGAGGUCGCGCGUCGGGUUCGGCUAGCUACGGCCGUAGCCGGCAGGAGCUACGGCGCGCGCACAGCGACCUCUUGCGUGCGCCGAACGCCGCCCAUCGGAUUCAGUCCAGCGAACACGCUGCGGACUCCGCCGCCUCUCACUGCCGUCGAAUCGUUAUCUAAA